AUGAACUGGAUAGGAAUAGCUUUAGUUCUUGUUUACACUACUACCGUUAGUAAGUUAGUAAAUGGACAUGUGUUCAAACUAGGAUCCUGCCCUAACGUGGAAGUGCAGGAAGAUUUCAACCUUGACAAGUUUCUAGGGCAGUGGUAUGUCAUUCAAAGAUUUCAAACAAACAGUCAAUGCCUGAAGCAGAACGUGACCGAAGAAAAUGGAGUCUACUACUUGUCUCAAAAUAGGCAGUUUUUUGAUACUGACUUCAUCAGGAUUAACCGAGGAUCUACAAGUAAAGGAAAGAUUAGUAUCCCAGAUAAAAACUCGCCAUCAAAGAUGAUAGUGGAUUUCCCUUUGAAUCUAUUUGGUAAAGUGAACUACUGGGUUAUGAUGACAGAUUACGAUAACUAUGCUGCAAUCUGGUCGUGUCGAAGGAUGUUACUUGGGCACUUUCAACAUGCAGAAAUUUUGAGUCGUUCACCGACGUUAGACAAGGUAAUUUUAAACAAGAUCCGUGGUCGUUUUGAAACUUAUGGGGUCGAUGAGCAUCAGUUCAGCGUCAUAGACCAGGAAGAUUGCCAAGAUCAGAAAGAUAGAAACGGCGUGGAAAUAUCUUUAUUAGUAGACAAUAUAUUUGAUAGGUUCAGGAUCUGA